AUGACUCCUUAUUUACAGAUGGAUCCUUCGAUGUUCAUCUCUUCACAACCACAAUACAUCAUGCCUGACGGUGGAACUGGAUCUUCAGGCAAAGGAAAAUUCGAAUUCGCACUUGGACAUAUUGGAUGGGCUGUAGGUAGUGGUUUCGCCGUGGGAUCGAUCAGAGGAGGUCUUGGAGAGCUAAUGAAUCCAGACACUAGAAAAUUGGUGGGGAAACCAUGGAUGACUCGUAUGGUUAACGCCACGGUUAAGCACGGAUCAGGCUAUGCUCAACCAGCAGGUGCUGUCGUUUUUAUGUAUUCCGCGCUUGACCCGCCCGCUUUAAAUAUCUUCUCCGUCCGUUCAGCAGAAGAUGAACUGGCCGCGCAGAACAGUCUCGGUCUGUGCCCUUCAGUGCCAUCUAUCGCCAGUCCGCAUGGAUUAAGAGCAAGUGGUAUCGGUGCUCUUGUCGGAUUAGCAUUAGCGGCCGCUUGGACGAUAGCGAAUCCGGAUAGCCGGCAACGAAUUUCCGAAAUAUUUGCUUGA